AAAUCAAAGAUGGUGGCCGUCACAUAAACACUGCGUGUGUCGUAGAGAUAGUGGGAGCAAAAAUGGCGAUUCCUCAACGACGAAGAAAGUCUUAGUUUUUAAGAAGAAGAGCAAUACAAGUCAGCGGACAUGAAGGACGCCCAGCGACUUGCGGAGGUAGUGCAGAAGCACCGUGUGCUGCUGGUAGCGGAGCUGGAGCUGACCAAGGUGCUUCAGGAGCUGAAGGGACACGAGCUGCUGACCAAACGGGCUCUCAAAAACAUAGAGGGCGCCGCCUCCCGCCAGCGUCAGAAUGAGGCGUUUCUCCAGGCCUUGUUGGAGGCGGGACCGAACGCCUUCCACACGUUCUGUGACGCCCUGGUACGGACCAAUCAGAGUCGACUGGAGGGCGUGCUGAGGGCGGAGUCUCCGGCGGGGUCGUCUGGCAGCCUGACCAACGGGGUGGACUCACACGGAGGUUCAGAAGACGAGAAAGUUCGCACGACCGACUCCCUAGAAGACACAGAGUACAGCUCGGCUAGAAGGCGCUCGUCGACUGCUAGUGACUCCAGCGGCAGGUACCAGUCCAUUCAAAUCCCGCGAGAUCUCAGCGACUUGACCGGAAGUACGUCAUCGUCGCUCCAGAUCACCCCGAUCGAUGAGGUGUACCUGGAGCAGGCUGAGGACGGCUCAACAACUCCCUCUAGCGGACGCAGGUCAGUCUUCAGUGAAAAUGAGGUCCUCAGGCGAGAUAACCUGGAACUGCAGCGGCAGCGGGACCUGCUGAACCGGGAGAUCCAGCGGUUGAUGGACGAGAACCGACGGAUAAAGGAGGACCGAGACGGCAUCAGACGGGAAAAGGACAAGUUUUGUUCCAAGGAGUACGACGCGGUAGAGAAGCUGAGAGAGCUGAAGGACACGUACCAACAGCUGAAGGAAACAUAUGACACGCUGCGCCGCAAACAGAACAACGUCGAGUUCAAGGCCAGGAAAAACGGCAAGGUUAACAACGAACUUCGGCGGAAGCUGGCGAAGCUGGAGGCCAAGUUUAAGGAGAUGGUUCGUGACGCCACGGACCGAGGCGUGCAGACCGAGCACAGCGAGAAGGACGUGUUCGAGCAGAUCAAACGGGCCGAGAGGAAACUACGGGACUCUUUGGACCAGCAGAGCCGACUGGAGACCCAGAUGAAGGAGUCGGAAGCGGACAAGGAGAAGUUCCGGCAGACCGGGAACGCCAAACACCGCGAACUGCUGAAGGCCGAGAGGAAAACCAAACGGCAGGACGACAUCAUCCGGGCACUUACACGGGAGAAGACGGAGAUGGAGGACAGGCUCAAGAGAAUGGCGGCGCAGGUGGAGUAUUACAGAAAUGAGUGCAAAAAGCAGAAGGACAAAUCUAUCAUGCGGCACGACAGCCAUUCAAGAAUGAUCUUCACCGAGGCCAGCGGAAUCAAAUUUCACCAGGAGACUAACAGGUCCGUGCUGAAGCCUAGCAACUGGCACGCCUCUCACUCAGGCCCGCACAAAUCUACGCAUGCGCACGGGCAGGCGCACUCCGCUCCUGCUCAUGGCCACAACGCCGCUCCCAACUCACCACCGCUUCAACCAAAGGACACUGGUUCGGAGCUCACGAAGGGAAGCUCACCCGUGGACGCCACGGAUGAAAAAAGCAAGUCCCCGUCGGCCAAGAAGUCUGUACGAUUCUCGGAACACAAUGAAACAUUCCAUAUAGAUACGCCGCAAUCUUCACCUAAAGUUACGCCCAGACAACCGGGAGAAGCAGUGAAUGGUGUCACUAAACCGCCCAUAUCUGCUGGACAACCCAAACUGAGCCACAGUAACUCAUUUUCCAAACCAGCAGCUACCAGUUCGAAUCCAUAUGGAAGACCGGCGACGGCGACUCAAAGUGGUCACUCCUCUAUAAGUCCGCCAGGGGGCGCAAGUGGACUGAACGGAAUAGGUGCAGCAAAACCGGUUACUCCAACAGGGAAUCCUUACGGAAAAUCAGCUUCAGCAGGCUCCACUCCAAGAACGAACAUGUUUAGUAAGCCGGCGUCAGCGAGUACUAUACCUGGAAAGGGGGCUAGUAGACUAGCGUCGAAAACUUCAACAGCGACCUCUAGCGGUUACGGACAGAACCGCCCCUCAACGGCUGCAUCGAAUGGUGGAACGCCCAAACCUUCUAGUGCUAAAAACGUUUCUUCUAUACAAAACAGGAAAGGCAAUGGGUGAUA